AAUGAGACGUGUAUGUUUACAAUCCACAUACUGAUCUUACCUUACUCGCAAAGAAGAGUUCCACAUACCUACUGUUUCCUGUUUACUGACUAGCCGCUAGAUUGAUUACUUUCCCUACAUUUAUUAAAAAAGCAUAAAUCUACAACAUGGGGAAGCAUAAGAAACAUAAGCAUGGACAUCGAAGCAGCAGCAGCAGCAGUAGUAGCAGCAGCUCAAGCUCAGAUGAAGAAUUUAAACAUCUUCCUAAAGCCGAGAGGAAAAUGAGGAAGAAAAUGAAGAAACAGAUGAAAAAGGGAAAGAUGCCUCAUGGUAUGGGAAUGCCUUCAACCCAUGGCUCUGGUUACCCAGGAGUAGUGGUCUCAGGUGGUGGUGGAUACCCAGCAGGAAGUUACCCCCCAGGCCAGGGGGGCAUGCCACCAGGUGGCGCUGGGUACCCAGCGGGCGGAGCAGGCUAUCCGUCAGGUGGGGCAGGUUAUCCAAUGGGUGUUGCUCCAGCACCUGGGGUGCCACCACCUGCGGGAUAUUCAGCUGGUGGAUUUGUUCCAGCUGGCGGUGCCCCGGGGUAUCCUGCCCCCCCUCAGCCUUCCUACCCCCAGGCACCCGGGGGAAGUUAUCCAGGACAAGUACCACCUCCUGCUCAAUACCCUGGUGGAGCCCAAUCAGCUGGUUACCCUGGGCAACAGCCAAGUCAAGGUGGUUACCCUGGGCAACAGCCUACAUCCUCCAGUGGUUACCCAACACAGGCCGGUUAUCCUACCCAGCCCGGGGGUUACCCAGGGCAGCAACAGGCUGGAGGUUACCCCGGGCAACAACAGCCUGGAGCUUACCCAGGGCAGCAGCCUCCACCUGCACAGGUGGGGGUACCUGGACAGCAGUCAUAUGCUCCUCAAGGACAACAGGGAUAUGGACAGCAGACACCAGGAGGAGUGGCUUCUGCCACAGCAGGAAUGGGUAACAUGCAGAUAGGAGGGGGAGCCAUGGGAGAUAUUCCACGCCCGACGAUUCGACCAGCCAAUCCAUUCAACUGUGAGAGAGACACUCAGGUCCUCCGAACUGCCAUGAAAGGAUUAGGCACUGAUGAGAAGGCCAUUAUAGAUGUAAUCAGCCAUACAUCUAACAAACAAAGACAGGAAAUUCUCAUCAUGUUCAAAACCAUGUAUGGAAAGGAUUUGAUUUCGGAUUUGAAGUCUGAAUUGUCAGGGGAUUUGGAGGAAUUGAUUCUUGCUUUGUUUAAGUCCACUGACUACUAUGAUGCAUGGUGCCUGAAUAAAGCUAUGAAGGGAGUUGGAACCAGGGAAUCAAUUCUGAUAGAAAUUUUGUGCACAAGAACAAAUGCUGAGAUCAGAGGCAUCAAAGCCGCAUACAAACAACACUUUGGUCGAGAGCUGGAGGCAGACUGUGUAAAUGAAACAAGCGGACAUUUCAAAAGGCUGCUAGUGUCGUGUUGCCAGGCAAACAGGUCGGAGUUGACAGACAGUCAAAGGCAGAUGUUGAUGCAGCGUGGGCCAGAAGCUGUGGUAGACCGGGCACAAGCCCAGCAAGAUGCCCAGAAACUGUAUGAGGCUGGCGUCAAAAAGUUUGGAACUGACGAGUCUGCUUUCUUGGCUGUUCUUUCAAUCAGACAUGAAUUUCAACUGAGAGCCACAUUUGAGGAGUACCAGAAACUCUCUGGAAAGGAUAUCUUGAGUUCAAUAAGUUCAGAGAUGUCAGGAGAUCUUGAAGAUGGAUUUAAAGCAAUAGUCAUGAGUGCAAAGAACAGGCCAAAGUUCUUCUCGGACAAGCUUCACAAGGCAAUGAAUAGGAUAGGAACUGAUGACUCCACCCUGAUCAGGAUCAUUGUAUCUCGCUCAGAGAUUGAUUUACAGAACAUCAAGGAUCAGUAUAUGAGGGAUCAUGGGAAGACCCUCCAUGCCGCUGUAUCCUCAGAGACCAGUGGGGACUACAAGAAACUAUUGCUGGCUCUGAUUGGCCAAUAGACAUCAUACUUCUGAUUGGCCAAUAGAUAAAUUUAUUGUUAACCUCUUACUUCUGCUAGGCCAAUAGACAACACUUAUAACCUCUUCCUUAUCAAAUUGACUGACAUACGUUUCUUAACUUUUGAGAAUGUAUUGUUAUGAAAUUGAAAAUUGUAAAGUAACUGUAAAACCUUGAAGUUUAAUGCUAGCUUAAAUAGGAUAUAGACUUAUAGUUUAUAUACAUAUCUUUGUAACUUUUUAUAAUACCCUUGUUGUGCAUUUAUAUAUAAUAUGGAAGUUGUGAGGAUUUUAAUUCCAUCCUUUUU